AUGGCUUAUUCGGUGGCACACGGCGGCCACCCUUUACCCUCACCUCCCCCAGCUUAUCUCCGGGACUCUCCUCCGCCGCUAUCUGCGCACAACUCCAAAGCCACUCCACGAACGAUCCCGACUCGUCCACAGAGCUUGAACUUCAUCCGACCGGCUGUCUCAGUUAUUACCGACAAUGAUGAAUCCCCGGUGGUUCAAAACUCACCCCGCUCCCCAGUCAAGAUCGACAGUGGAGUUCAACUACCCCAGGCUUCUAGUGUUCCCAUCGAGAAUAUUCCCAAUGGCCCUGGAACACCAAAGAUUGAGCUACCGGAGUUCGCGCACAUGUCACUGAGAGAGUCGACCCCGGAUCAACACUGGGACAUUACAUAUCCUCCACGGACAGACUCACAGGCGCCAUCUCCUCAGUCCCAUGCAUAUGGACCACCCGCCAGCAACGGAUCAUGGUCUGUUGGCGAAGCACCGCUGAAAGAUGACGCCCAAAGCUCUCUCAAAAAGACUGACUCCUCUCGUGGCAGCUGGGAAAGUGUGGCCGUGGUUUCUGAUGCCUAUGAACCCCUCACAUAUCACCACCAACAGCAACAGGUUACACAAGGGGCGAAGCGCUCGACCUUGGGGAUGAACCUCAAAGAUCACCCGUCUGGCUCGACUGGAAACCUAGCCGUUCAGCGGACGAGGAUUGCUCGCCCUCUUUCGGCAUAUUCGUCUGGAUCGGAUGGUGUGGCCGCCCACCGACGCAAUCUCUCGGCCUCGCCAUACAUGCAGGGCCGGUCGUCAUCCAGAAACUCCACCGCGUCCCCAGAUCACCGUUCCAGCUCAUUUCUCGAUCUGUUGAAUACAUCCUACCCCCAGCCUGGUCCCAGUGUGGCCCAAUUCGACAAUUCGCAACUCCGGUCAUCGGUCGGGAACAAUGCUUCCCUCUUAAGCCAUAAGGAAACAUUUGAGAUGUACCUGGCAAACGUGAAGAAAACAGAUUCACCAGGCGUGCAGUACGAAUUUGCAGUUUUCAUGAUCAGCUCCAUGCGUGAAAUGCCCAAUGUGGAUCUCGAAGACUCAAACUCCAUCACGCGGGCCCGGCUGCUUCGGGAAUCGAAGUCCAUUCUUCAACGUCUUGCGGACCGCAGCUUUCCUUUUGCACAAUACUACUUGGGUGAUGGGUAUGCGUCUGGACUAUUCAACAAGGGAAAAGAAGACCACGACCGAGCAUUUUCGCUCUUUGUCGCCGCCAGCAAACACGGCCACGUGGAAGCUUGUUAUCGCACAGCUCUGUGCUACGAGUUUGGCUGGGGAACAAGGCCAGAUGGUGGUCGGGCAGUCCAAUUCUACCGACAGGCUGCUUCGAAGAACCAUCCUGGUGCAAUGUCUCGCAUGGCUAAGGCGUGUUUGGCAGGUGACAUGGGACUGGGCAAGCGUUACCGAGAGGGAAUCAAAUGGAUGAAGCGUGCUACCGAAUCAUCCGAUAUGCAAUAUAACUCGGCUCCAUAUGAGCUCGGCUUACUUCAUGAGACGGGUUUCGGAGAUGAUGUGUUCCAGGAUGUUUCCUACGCAGCACAGUUGUUCACCAAAUCUGCGGAGCUGGGUCACGUGGAGGCAUCUUACCGACUAGGUGAUGCCUACGAGCACGGCAAGCUGAACUGCCCUCGUGACCCUGCUCUGAGUAUCCAUUUCUACACUGCUGCUGCCCAGCAUGAACAUCCUCUUGCUAUGAUGGCAUUGUGUGCGUGGUAUAUGGUUGGUGCGGAGCCGGUCCUUGGGAAGGAUGAGGAUGAGGCCUAUGAGUGGGCUAGACGGGCAGCCAAUCUUGGUCUUGUAAAGGCCCAAUACGCCGUCGGAUACUUUACCGAAAUGGGAAUGGGCUGCCGACGUGAUCCGCUCGAGGCGAAUGUUUGGUAUGUCAAAGCUGCCGACCAAGGUGACGAGCGUGCCAAGUUACGCAUUGCUGCAAUCCGAGCUGCCGCCGAUGGCGCGAGCGCUGCAAUGACUACUCGCAGUGGAGGUCGUUUCCAGAGGGACAAAAGCAACCAAGGGCAGGAUGUCACCAAAGCAAAGCAAAAGCGAUUUACCAUUUUCUGA